UCCUUCGACGCCAAAUCAGACCCAGCCAGCUCGAGUCACGUCAGCUAAACAGUUAAUAAACAACCGUUAGCUAGCGUCUGAUGUAGGGGUCGUCUCUACUGCCUUGGUUUUUGGGUCGAAAGACAACGCUACCUUAAUGCUAACGUUACACUUAUGAGGAAUAACCUACACAUGGAUGCUGACACUGGGAAAAUAUUAGCGUUGAUUAGAUGAGGAUGACAACAACACAGUACUUGUUUUUCAGAAUCUAACGCGUAUAAAUAACAGACGGGCUGGCCAGCUUAUCAACUCAUUGUCAGAAGAGCUUUUCUGUCACAGGGGUGAUGAACGAUCUCUGAAGAUGGGAGGAAGUGGAUCCAAAGCCAAAGGUGUUUGGCCCUUUGCAGCUUCUGGAGCUGGAGGUGACUCCGCGAGUGAGGGUAACGAGCAGUCUGUGGCCCCGCUCAAAACUUCCAGGAAAGCCACACCAUUCGUUUUCACAAGAAGGAGUUCUCUAUACUUUGAUGAGGAUGGAGAUCUGGCUCAUGAAUUCUACGAGGAGACAGUGGUGACAAAAAAUGGUCGGAAAAGAUCCAAACUUAAGAGGAUUCAGAAAAACCUCAUACCUCAGGGAAUUGUGAAGUUAGACCAUCCCCGUAUCCAUGUAGAUUUCCCUGUCAUCCUCUGUGAGGUGUGAAUAUCACAAGACUGGUCUAAUGUGAAAAAAAAAACCCGUCACAGUCUGCUUAGCUUGACACCCAAUCCCUCUUGAAGCAAGCCCCACAGUCAUCCCAGGUUCCACCCUGAGCACUGGCUCCGAACACUAGUUGUCCUGAGAAGAUGGGGAGGAUGUCCAUCAACACCCUGAAGCUUUGACUAGUCGGCUAAAGCUGUGGACAUAAUCAGAACUAAGGUGGAAUUAGAUGCUGUGAUGCAAGAUAACUUAAGAGUAUCACUUCUGCCUUCUGUGACAUAUGUUGAGAAGUGUGUUUGCGUUUGUCUAUGUGUGUGUUUGAGAAAGAAAGCCAGAGAGGUAGCUCAAGAUUAGCAAAGGUUUAAGAAUUCUGUAUAUAUGACCAUGUUUGUGUUGUAAUAUUAUCAGAUUGAAGUCUGCCUCUUUCAUUGGAGCUCAGACCUGCACUAGUGAACCUUUGAUGUAAAUAACUUCUGAGUUGGAAAUACUUGAAUAAAUGAUUUACGAAGCUAAA